GUUGUAGUUCUCAGAAUGAACACUAGUAGUCCGCAUUUGUAUUCGUCAUUUGGACCAUCACGGCCACCGUAUGGGCGGGUGGCUGUUUGUUCGCGCAGAUGUCCUUCUGUCUGUCGCCUAAGGAUGUCUACAACACCAAGUAGUCAGCCCACCCUCGUUCAUCGGCUGGCCACACUGCUGAGAAACAAUGGUGACUGUGUGCUGGACGGCAGCAGCACCCUGACGCUCCAGGUGAGCCACCUGCAGCAUCUGACGCGUCUGUUUGAGCAGCACCUGAUCUCGCGCACACACCAACAUGGCUUCCUGGCUCUCCCCUCCCACCCUGCCGACACUGCCUCCCUCCUCCAGGUGCAGUUCUUGUUUGACGUCCUGCAGAAGACCCUGUCCAUGAAGCUUGUCAACCCUCCUGACUCAAGACUGCAAUCUGUAGUGAAAAUCUUCCCCUUUAAGUCACUCAAACACUUGGAGCUGAAGCGUAUCCCACCCCACUGUCUGGAGGGGCUGCGGGGGGUCUACUCUCAGCUGGAGGUCUUCACCUGCUCCAAGAGCCUCAGCUCCCUGGAGGAGCUGCUAUCGCUGUGCGGUGGAGACCUGAGUUCUGCUUUGCCAUGGCUGGAGUUGCACACGCUCAACUUCAGCUACAAUUCCAUCUCCUGCCUGGACGAGUCGCUGAGUUUGCUGAAUGUCCUGAAGUCCCUGGACCUGAGCCACAAUAAGAUCCAGGACUGCGCUGACUUCCUGAAGCCUUUGAGCGAUCUGGAGCACCUGAACCUGGCCUAUAAUAACCUCCAGAGGGCGCCACAGUUGGGCCUGAGUGCCAGGGUCAAACUGAGCGUGCUCAUACUGCGCAACAAUGAGCUAGAAACCAUUAACGGGUUAGAGCAGCUGGGCUCGCUGCAGCACCUGGACCUGGCCUACAACCUGCUGCUGGAGCACUCGCAGCUCGCCCCUCUCUCUCAGCUGCACUGCCUCAACCUGUUGAUCUUGGAAGGCACCCCCUUGUUCUUCCAGAAGACCCAUCGCUCGUCCACGGUCUGCCAUCUCUCCCCCAGGGCUGCUUUCCAGCGAUUCCGACUGGACGGCUGCCUUCUCUCUACCUCAGAACUGGCGGUGCUGCCCAAACCUGGAGUGCUGAUUGGUCAGAUGGCGCAGGCCCACGCCCCGGCCCUGUUUGCCGCGGCAACGGAGCGCGGCUCCCAGGAGUUCUCGAGCGGAGGAGGCGACCUGAGCGACAGCCUGUCCGUGAGUGAGCCGGGAGUGUCCCGCCUGCGCAAGAAGAAGUCAAAGGGGAAAGUGAGGGUGCGGAGAGCCAGCAUCUCUGAGCCCAGCGACACGGACCACGAGCUGAGAGUGGGGUCAACCCUACAGGACAUCGUGCUGCACCACCAGAAAGACAUUGAGCGCAUGGACAGCUUCCGGGAGCAGCUGGGCGAGGACUGGCUCCGCUACCAGCACCACCUGGAUGCCUCCGCCAAACCCCCUACCCCGCCUCCCCAGCUCACCAUGCCCGACACCCCCCACAUCACCCCCCACGUCACCCCACCUGUCAUCCCCAACGGCCUCUGCACCCCCUCUCCCUCCCCGCCUAAGGAUCCCACUGAAGAGAAGACGGCUCUGGCGGAGGCCCCGGACUGCGCCUCUCCCCUGCUGACGUCGGAGCCCAGAGACGAGAUGGACACCACGGAGUCCACGCUGCAGUGGUCGCACACCGACUCCACCCUGGAGAGGAGCGACCCGAACGCCAGCGCGCUGCUCACGUCGACAACGCAAGCAGAGGAAGAUGAGGAAGAUGAGGAGGAGGAGGAUCGGGGAGUGGACCUGUGCCUGCCGCUGCUGGUGGGUGUUGUGAGUGAGGAUGAGGAGGGUGAGGAGAGGAAGGCCCCGGGGCCAGUGUUCCUGCGUGUGAGACAGGGCCUGCUGCUGGAGGUGGACAUGCAGCACGGUCGCGUCAGGAGACGAGUGGAGCUGGACAGCCUGCAGCACAUCACCAGCAUACGUGCCCCCUGGGGUGACAAGGAGGACAGUGAGAGUCUCCCGGCUCUAGAGCUGCACUUUAGUUUCAUCAUCCGGGAGCGCCGGCAGCGGUGCUACGUCAUGCUGGAUGAGAAUCCCCAGCAGGCCUUGCAGGAUCUGUUUGAUAUCCUGUCGCGGGUGGCGGAGGAGAACAUGCGGCGCGUGGAGGAGAGGCGGCCCCGUGGCCUGCGCUUGCAGUGUCUGCGCUGCAGGACCGAGUUCAGCCAACGGGGCCCCGAGGGGUCCCCUGGGGCCUCUGACCGACUGGACGCGAGUCAGGGGCUCCGGGGAUGCGGAGACCGAGGGGAGGAGGAGGAAGAACAGAUGGAGGGAGAGAAGGAGGACGAGCAUGCAAGAAAGAAUACAGCUGACUCAACAGGAAGUGGACAGGUUUGCCCAGAAUGCAAUAGUGAUCAUGUGAUCCAAAUAGCUGGCCAAUUGGCUCCUUCCACCAGCACACCAACCGCCAGUGAUGUUGAGGAGGGGGACGAGAAAAGAUACUUCUCUUUCGACGAUACAGACACCCCUAAGAGAGCUCCAGGAGUCAGUAACCUUGAGAGCCAGAGUGAAUCCUCAUUGGACAGUAAUGGUCACCUGACACAGGAAGUGACAAAAACAGAGGGCGAGCAAAACGACACUUUCCUGACUGCCACCAGCAGUAUGUCCCAGGUUGACCCUCGGGACGAGGACUGCGGCUGGGCAGAGCAGAGCGCCUCCCAGCCCGUGAGCUACCACACGGCGGACGGAGGUACGGACCUCAGCAGCACCACCGAGAGCCAGGAGGACCAGGAACUGGCAGGGAGCUACAGAUACAGCCAACUGCCGGAGACCCAGGCCCAAGCCUCCGACAGGGCCAGCCCGGCCUCGUUUGACCUGCUGUCAGAGGACUUUGAGGCUGUGGACCACCGGCUGAAGCUCUUCUUGGAUGUGGAGGUUUUCGAGGGGGAGGAGGAGCUGCACAGCUUCCUCAAGAUGUCCACCGUGAAGUUUGGUGACCCUGUGGAGUUUCCGUCUCUGCUGGUCUUGUCGGACCAGUGCAUCUACAUCCUGGAGAUCACCUCCGAGGCCCAAGGCCAGCCGUCUGAUUGGAUGCAGAAGCGCUACAGGCACCGGCUGUGUGAGCUGAGCUACCUGGAGGUGGGGCUGGGGUCUCAGGGCAUCCACAUGGAGUUCGCCGACUCCGGAGGGUCCGCAUAUACUCUACUGGUGAGGGACAGCAGUCGCUGCAAGCGCUUCUACAACCGGCUCACAGGAAUUGUAAGGGAACUGGCCCCGAGGUCGGACAGUAAACUCAAGGCCAUCUCUACCACUAGACUCACUCCACAACACCACCUGUGGCCACUGGUGUGUGAAGGCUCACAGUCACACGAGGACGAGGACGACUGUCAGCCCCAGUUCCUCUACGUGCUGGCGUUCGUGCGCCAAGAUCACUCUUUGACCCCUGUCACUGUGUUGGCUACACGGGAAACCCUGUACCUGGUCGACGAGGACCAUCAGUGGAGCAAGAGUCAUCUCCCAGAGCUGCCGCCCAAUGAGGAUGGAGAGGUUCCCUGUGGGCGGGUCACCGUCCGAGAGACUCAGCCAAUCAGCUGCGUCAGCUCUGUGCAUCUGUUCUCCUCCAAUCCCUGUCGAGUGGACAUCAAGCUUUACGACGAGGUCCUGAAGCAGGAGCGGAUGUGGGCCCUGCAGACUGAGGGCGGUGAGCUGGUGCAGGGUCUGGUGGAGUGGGUGCGCACGCAGUGGGAGGCCAUGUUUGGGGUCAAACUCACCACCAGCACCCAGGAGCAGCCCUGCUGAGAAACCGUCCUCUUCCUCCCGAACACUGUGUCCACUCUCUCUCUCUCUCUCUCUCUCUCCUUCCCCCUCUUCUCCCUCCCUCUUUCUCUGCCUCUCAAUCUUUCUUACUCUCUUUCUCAAACUUUAUCCUUCUCUUUUUUUGAUCCAACUGUUUAUUCUUUCUUUCUUUCUUUGUCUACCUCCCCUUAUCUCCCUCUCUACAUUUCUUUCUUUGUUAUACACUUGACUCUUUCUCUGUCUCGGUGUCAGUCUGUCCAACUAACUGCUUGCUCAGUGUGUUCCUUUGUCCCUAUAGUCUUUCUAUUUUCCCCAGAGAGAAAACCCUCUUCCUCUCACUCUCACUCUCACUCUCUCUCUCUCUCUCUCUCUCUCUCUCUUUCCCUCCCUCCUUCUAAUACCUGCCUUCCUGUCAGUCCCCCUUUUUUAAUAAAAGCUGAUCUGUUGUACUUGGCAACAGGAAACAGCCUAAAUCACUCCCAUGCCUAAAUGGCUGACUGGCAGUGAACUGGGUCGAGGCCCUCCAGUGACUGCCCUGCUCACCCUGCCUGCCCUGCUCGUUCUUCUCUCUCUGAGGCCCAGGCCUUACUGACCGGCCCCUGUUUGCUUACUACCAGUGCACCUUAUGGCACCUCUGCUCUGAAUGACACCAGAUUGGGAAGAUGAGGGAAUGUCCAUAUCAUCAUGGACAAUGCUACUUCAGGGACUGUGUGUGUGUGUGUGUGUGUGUGUGUGUGUGUGUGUGUGUGUGUGUGUGUGUGUGUCUUGAAACCUGUAUACCCAGCGAUAUUGGGAAUUGUGUGAGGAAGCAUGGCAUCGUUAGCCUCAGGCCAUGUGAUCACGUGUGUCAUCAGCCUGAAACGAAGCGGCUGAAACGACUCUCACAGCUUUUUACUGGAUAUGAUUUCUGCUCGUUUUAGUCAUAUGUCAGUCUGUGCUUUUUAUUUGUUGUUUUUUUUCCUUCGUUCUCGUUCAUCCAUAUGCAUUCAAAGUUCAUGUGAAAACAUUAGGUCGUUGCAUAAUAAAAGGCAUUUUUUGAUUGUUUUAAUGGACAGAUAUGAGUUACUAAAAUAACACAUAGACUACUGCUUGUAAAAGGGAAUUAUCGCGUCGGUGGUUGUCACUCAGUAUUUGUUUUUGGCCACCACGUGUCUCAAGCUUAGUCAAGUAUUUGUGCCAAGUAUAACUUAAGUACCCAUAAUUGCACUGUAACAGUUCUGGAUAAUGUGAUGUGAGCUCUUACGCUGUUUCACGGAUGAAAACCAUGACAAAUUGCAUGAGCGUGUUUUGUAUUUAUUGUUCUGUACCUGUACAAUUAAUGUCAUGUUGGUGUUGAAAAUGCGUUUUUUUAUUUUGUUAUAUGAAUAAUUAAAAAAUGGCCUAUAUUGAGUA